GCGGGUCUCAUUGCUCGGUCAAUUAUUGCCCAAUUAUAAUCCCUCUCGCCAUUUUGACUUUCUUGUUCAGUCGUUUCCUGAGAAAACCGCAGUCACCAUGGCCGAAAAUGAUGUAGAGAAUGAACUUUUGGACUACGAAGAAGAGGAGCAGGAGACAGCCAAUGAGGGAGCCGGCGAUGCGACCGCCAAGAAGGAUGUCAAGGGCACCUACGUAUCCAUCCACAGCUCAGGCUUCAGGGACUUCCUACUCAAGCCAGAACUGCUCAGGGCCAUUGUCGACUGCGGUUUUGAGCAUCCGUCAGAAGUUCAGCACGAGUGUAUUCCCCAGGCCAUUCUCUCGAUGGAUGUUCUGACACAGGCCAAAUCUGGUAUGGGCAAGACAGCUGUUUUUGUGCUCGCUACUCUACAGCAGCUCGAGGUCGUGGAGGGACAGGUAUCUGUCCUUGUCCUCUGCCACACCCGAGAAUUGGCCUUCCAAAUCUCCAAGGAGUACGAGCGCUUCAGCAAGUACAUGACCGGCGCCAAGAUCGCUGUCUUUUUCGGAGGCAUUGCGAUCAAGAAGGAUGAAGACACUAUCAAGAAGAACUGUCCUCACAUUGUCGUUGGCACACCAGGCAGGAUUCUGGCACUCUCGCGGUCCAAGGCCCUCAAUCUAAAACAUGUCAAGCAUUUCAUCCUUGAUGAGUGUGACAAAAUGUUGGAGCAGUUAGAUAUGCGAGGAGACGUCCAGGAGAUCUUCCGAGCAACACCCCAUGAGAAACAAGUGAUGAUGUUCAGCGCCACACUUUCCAAGGAGAUCCGACCAGUCUGCAAGAAGUUCAUGCAAGAUCCCAUGGAAGUAUAUGUGGAUGACGACUCCAAACUGACCCUCCAUGGUCUCCAUCAACAUUACGUCAAGUUGAAAGACACCGAGAAGAACAGGAAGAUGUUUGAUCUCCUUGAUGUGUUGGAGUUCAAUCAGGUGAUCAUCUUUGUCAAGUCUGUACAGCGCUGCAUCGCCCUCGCACAGCUCCUUGUUGAACAGAACUUCCCAGCCAUUGCCAUACACAGAGGAAUGUCACAAGAAGAAAGGUUGGACCGAUACAAAAAGUUCAAAGAUUUCCAGAAGCGUAUCUUGGUCGCCACCAACUUGUUUGGUCGUGGUAUGGAUAUCGAGCGAGUAAACAUUGUGUUCAACUAUGACAUGCCAGAGAAUUCCGACACUUAUCUCCACAGGGUUGCCCGAGCUGGACGAUUUGGUACCAAGGGUCUGGCCAUCACGUUUGUAUCGGAUGAGAAUGAUGCACAAGUACUGAAUGACGUCCAGGAAAGGUUUGAGGUCAACAUUACAUCGUUACCUGAUGAGAUAGACAUCAGCUGCUACCUUGAUGUUGGUGCAGCGGAAUAGAGACUUGUUGCUGAGAACAAAGGAGAUCAAAGAUGGCUUCCUUUCAAGGAGAGACUUCGUGGAAUGAAGGAUUCAGCAAAUCGUGUGCAAAAGAUCUUUACAAGUGAAAGUUGACUUAUAAUUGGACUGGGAGAUCGGGUUUGAGCAGAUAUUGCUGUGUAGUUAUUGUCAUAGUUUCAAUCCGUAUUGUGAGGAUAUCUUGGGUCCUGGAGGAUUCUUUUAAGCAAGUGUUGUCCAAGACAUAAUGUCAAGUUUCUGCUCCCUGACAAAACUAAAACAACAUGAACAUCGUUCCAAGAACUCCAGUACCACUAGCUUCACUGGUCUACCUUCCUGUAAGAAGUGCUGUCGUCCAAUUGUAUGACAAAAGAUAUCUGCAUUUAUUGUGUUUUCAUCCAAUGAAAAAUAACAGCCGAACACAGAUGAGCUUGGAAAGCAUCCUGUGUGUUUUAUAAGUCCUUCUUGCAGUAGCACACGUGCCUUUGGGAUCCUUGCAUAACAUGUUAUUAUUUUAAAUAUCUUGUUCAUUCGUCAUCGUAAUUUUUUUAAAUAAAUUAGUUCGAACGUUCAUCGCUGUCUUGUAUAGAUUUUAAAUUUAUUGUAAUUGAUGCUGUGGCUAGAUGUGUCAAGAGUAUAUAACAUUUUGUACAGAAUAAAAAUUGUAAACUUA